GCCACAAGGCGACUCCCAUACGCCACCGGCAUUGCAAGAUUGCUGAAAAUCAGGAGCCAGCCUAAUCUCCAAGGGAAGCACUUCAGUUAUUCCCCGAGUUACCUUUCAGAUGAUGACAAAACAAUAACAAAUACAACUAUUAUGGUUCAAGAUGGUCUCAACAUCCAGGAAUUGCCAUGCAUUGUUCAGAUCAUCAACGGCGAAUUCAGUGUGUUUAGCAAUGGCAAGAGCCAAGCGGGUAGAAAGCUGGAAGGGCUGGGGCUAGAGAUUCCUCAAGUUUCAAAGAAUCUGUUUAAGAAUAUAAAUUUUGAAGAAGAGCAGGAAAUGAUUUUGGGAUUCAUGAGGUGUUUGAAAGUGGCUGACAUCUUCAAAUUACUUGAAGUUUGUCCAGAAGAGGAAGUGUCACCAAAUGUUGCGUUAGCUGUAAUUAAGAGGAUAUUUGAAUUGGAAAACAAUUUUGAGUAUCGUAAUAGAGGACUUAAUUUGUAUCCAGAAGAAUCACCAUUUACUUUUACAAGAGGGGCAGUCAUGAAGCACUUGAUAGAAAUUAUUUGUGGUAGUUAUGAUGCACAGAACAUAAUAGAUGCUCUAAGAGUGAUGGGUCGUGAUUCUUAUCAAGGCAAUAAGCAGAAAUAUUUGGAGAAACUAUGCAAUGAAUGCAUUAUUAGAAUUACAGAAGGAAGAAUGACUGUGGAACAAGUCUGUGAAAGUGCCAAAGCAUUUCAUAAUCUUGGUACAACUGGAUCCCAGUACAUGGAAAAGGUUUGGGUCGGAAUAACAGAUCAGGUAGAAGAUAUUAAUGUGAAGGAAGCUUGCAAUAUUAUGAGCAUCCUGCCACUAGUAAAGCAGAGCCGUAAGCAUUUGUAUAAUAUAGUUGAAAGAAGAAUGGGAAGUUUGUGGUACAAACUGAAAUCUGAAGACAUAAUUAGGAUUCUCCAUGUUUUAAUACAGCUCAAACUGACUGGUAGUCGGAUGCUACCAAUGAUAUCAAGAUGGACCAAUUUGAAUAUCCAUGUUCUUACAGAAAGUAAUAUACGGUGGAUUGUCUACUCCCUUAUGAGUCUAAAUUUCACAGAUGCAAAUAUUCAAAAGUCCCUUACAAGAUUCAUGAAGGUAAAGAAGUCAAACAUAAAUGAUCCUAGUUUGAUUGCUGUAAUCAUGGAUUACUGUGUAAAAAUGCGAAUUAGGAGCCCAGAGGUUUUGGAUACUGGAGUUGAAUAUUUUAUGCAGAAUGCAUCUAAACUCUCAGUGCCUCAAGUAAACAGCCUGUGUAGACCCUAUGGUCUGUUGAAUUAUGAGCCUCCAAAUGCUUCAGCUUUCUUUCUAGCCUUUGAAAUGCUUCUGGAGGAGAAAUUUGUCCAAUUUCCUCCAAAUAUUAUGAUUGAUUUACUGCUGUCAUGUGUUUAUUUAAAACGCUACCCAAUAAAUUUUGUGAAAAAAGUGUUUAAUCCCUACUUCUUUGACAGAAUUCACACAUUGGAUCCAGCAGAAAUGAGAUUAACAAGAACAAAACUGAAAGUUCUUGAUCGGGCUCUUUGUCUGGAAGCUUCAAACUACAGUGGGCCAAUGCUUCCUAGGGAUCACUCAGCCAAAAGUUUUUGGCGCGAUGCUAGAAUUAUGCGCUGUGUAAAUAUGAUCCAAGCACCUCUCAUUGAGAUUGUAGGAACCAGUGAGCGCAUAACUCCUUCUGCUAUUUUACCAAACUUUCCAGGUACAGAGAUGUAUGUGGUGGAUUGUGUGAUUGACAUGGCAGGAAAAUUGUCUCUGAAGUCUUUCAAGUGGAGUAGUAACAAAUAUGCAUUACUAAUUCAUCCACCAGAGCAUUACAUUUUAAAUGAAGAUCUCCUUGUAGGACCACAGGCAAUGCGUAAGCGUCAUUUGGCAAUGUGUGGCUUUAAAGUGGUUAGCCUAAGCUACGAGAAGAUGAAUAGACUUCGUAUGUACCCAGAGCUCUUGAAAAAUUACAUUGAAGACAAAAUGAAAGAAGCAACAUCUGUGUAACAUGCUUGUUCAGAGGCAGAAAACUGUUUGUG